AGACAGCGAGCGGCGUGCAGCAGCAUGAACGCCGGACGCUGACGCCUGCCUUCGCUUUGCUUUACUGGGAUUGAACACACACAUGCACAGACACACAACACCACAACAACAGCAGCAGCAACAACAGCAGCAGCACUGAGGAGAGAGUGUGGGGGGGUGGCUGUGGUGGGGGGGUUGAAGAGUGUGGAUGUAGAGACAUGCCCAGGCUGCUGUCCAUGGACACACACACACUGGCAGGGCACCAGAGAGGAAACCCAGCAGCAGACCCCCACGCCUGAGGACGCUAUGGACAGCAGCAUGUUCUUCGGUAACACAUGUCAGAAUGGCCUCAUGCCUGCCCUGGUGCGUCCCACCCUGCCCGCCGUUCAGCCCUCGCUGGCCAUGAAGCAGUUCCUCCCUUUUCCUUUGGAAACGGCCUCGGCCAUCAGCCUCUUCCCAGGAUUCAACACGAUGGACCCAGUGCAGAAGGCUGUCCUCCAUCACACCCUGGGCCUCCCGCCCACCGCCAAGAGGAAGCAUGUGUCCUGCAGCAUCUGCCAACUGAGGUUCAACUCACAGAGCCAGGCCUUGGCCCACUACAAGGGGACCAAACAUGCCAAGAAGUUAAAAGCCCUGGAUGCUCCAAAGAGUAAGCUCAAAGGCUCAGCGGUCGCCAAGGAAACCACCAACCAGGAGAUCGCCAAGGGCAUCAACACACUGCAGGUCCCCAACAGCACGGACAGGAAAGACGCCGUCCCCGGAGCGGCCCCCCUACCAUUAUCCCCAGUCCUCAGACCGGCACAACCCCCGGCGACCCAGGUGACCCCCACGGCAAACCCAACGCCAGCGCCUGCAGCCUCACCAUUAGUCCCGAGCACCGUGGCUGCGUCAGGCCCUGAGACUACCUCAGCGGCUGGAGAGGCACAGCUCGGCUCAGCCUCAGACCCAGACCCGGAGCCUAAAGCUGAACCCGAGGGUGAACCUGAGGUGGAGACGGACCCAGAAACAGAGGAGGAGAAGGCUCGACGGCUUCUAUACUGUUCACUCUGCAAAGUGGCAGUCAACUCAACAUCGCAGCUAGAGGCACACAACAGUGGUACAAAGCACAAGACGAUGCUGGAGGCCCGGAGCGGUGUGGGCUCCAUCAAGUCCUUCCCCAGACCAGGAGUCAAAAGUAAACUGGCCACGGUGUCUGCGUCGUCGACGGGCCUGCAGAACAAAACAUUUUACUGUGAGACGUGUGAUGUGCACGUCAACUCAGAGACUCAGCUAAAACAGCACAUCAGCAGUCGGCGUCACAAAGACCGAGCAGCAGGUAAACCAGCCAAACCGAAGUACAGUCCCUACAGCAAACCGCAGAAAGGCCAGGCCAAGCAGCCGAUAAAGUUGUCCCUGGGUAAGGACCUUCAGCCCCUCCCCACACAGAUCAUUCCCGCCCACCUGGCAGCGGUGGCAGCAGCGGCCGCCGCCAUCAACAACACAUUUGGCCAUCGUACGACCCCCGCCACCAACCACACCCCGACCCCCGCCCUCUUCCCCUCACAAAGCCUCCCAACCACACUGCUUCGACCGGCCCCUGGGCCUGUCAGGACCUCCCACCCACAAGUCCUAUUUGCCCCUUAUUGACCCGCGGCAGAGCUGCUCCACCUCCAGUCAAGGACCAAACCAUAAUGCUUCACCAAGAAACCAGUCCACGGAGCCGGGUCCACAUCUGUCCUCCUUCUAUGCAUCCAGGACACAUGUCUGAUCAGACCUCUGCUUGUACGGAUUAACUGCAGCGAAGCAUCCAGCACUUUUUCAUAAUGGAUUUAUUUUCUGAAACAUACCCACCUAACUGCUAGAAGAAAAAGUUGCCUUUGUAUUGGUCUGCAAGCAACAAAUACAUAUAAUCUCUACAAUUUCUGGAUCAAAAUAUGUUUCAUAUCAACAUUUCUAGACGUCCAUAUGUCUGUGUUACAGUGUUUCAGCCAAAUGGGUUGUUUUUCCAAAUGUGUCUGUCAGACAUUACAUUAAAAUGUAUUUAUGGUUUAUGAACUUGUUUUAUGUUAAAAUUUAUUCCUGAAUUCUUGACCACAUAUUCACCCAUAUUUGUCUGAGAGAUACCAUGAUAUUCUAAAUUUACGUUGUAUCCAUCCAAAAAUCAUCUACACAUCUAUCAUAUUUAAUACCUGUCGAUUCACUAAUUCUAUCAAUACAUGUAAAUAAUUGGUGUAAAAUACCAUAUGUCAUCUUUUAAUGGUCAUCAGAUAUGACCCAUUCAAAU